AUGCUCUCCUCGUCCUCCGCCUUCCUCAUCACUCCGAGCGCUUUCAUGCUGGACCCCUACCGACCGUUGUCGGCGUCGCUUCCUAGCAGCCCGCGUCAGAUCCUGUCGACGAUGAGCCGGCUGGAGCAGGAGAUGGACCGCAUGCUCGACUCCGUCAUGGAUGUCACCGGCGGCUUCCUCCUCCCGGACGAGGCCUGUCGCGACCCGCCUGCGAGUCCCGUCACCAACGACCCUAGCCCCUCGGACGGGGAGGGAGGAGGGGCGGUGAUGCGGCUGCGGCCUCACUUUGACAUCCAGUCGACCUCCGAUCGUCUCCUCGUCACCGCCGCUACCCCGGGCCUCGCCAAGGACGACAUCGCCGUCGAGGUCCUCGAGGCCACAGGCGACGUCCCCCCGACCCUAGUCAUCUCCGGCCGCUCGUCCUCCAAGCAGACGUCGGAGGAGCCGGCGCGAGUCCAAGCGUCGUAUGCGGCGUUUGAGAAGCGCGUCUCCCUCCCUCCCCACACAAAGCCCGACAUGGUCGAGGCCAAGUACGACAACGGAGUCCUCCGAGUGUCCGUCAAGCGACCCGAGGAGGAGCUACAGGCGCCCCCGCGGCACAGGAUCCCUCUGCUCUAG